CUAAAUCAACACCAUGGCUCACGAAGGCGACGUCGAUACGGAGAACCGGACAGCAGCUGUCGAUGAAGAGACGCCGCUGCUUAUUAAUGAUGAGCUGACGAGUGAAGAACAAGAGCUGGACCCAAAGCAGCUAGAGCCAACAUGGGCUCGCUGGUACUUUUGGAGGAUCUUUUGGGUGAUUGUAGCAGCUUUCAUCCUUGCGGUAUUUAUCAAGGGAUGGAUUGAUGCUGGCUCCGAUGUCAAUUUUGACUUGGGAGCGGCUCUCAAGAGAGCCCUCGGAGGUGGCCUGAGUGGAGCAGCAGCUAUGGUUCUACAAGUUUUACUUCUGAUGCCACUUCGCACGAUCAUGAAUUACCAAUAUCGCUUUGGAACGUCUUUCACAACAGCAGCCAAGACACUCUAUGAAAACGGAGGAUAUUUGAGAUACUAUCAAGGUCUUGGUGCCGCAUUGAUCCAAGGACCUGUUUCAAGAUUCGGAGACACGGCAGCCAAUGCCGGAAUUCUUGCGUUGCUUCAUUCAAAUUCGUAUUUGAAAGACUUGCCAACACCUAUCCAGACAAUAUUUGCAUCUCUAUGCGCUGCGGCUUUCCGAAUUAUCCUCACGCCAAUUGACACCCUCAAGACCACCCUUCAGGUGCAAGGUGCCAGCGGAACUGCUCUACUCUGUCAGCGCAUCAAGACGAACGGAAUCGGAAGCUUGUGGUGGGGUGCAAUUGCUACUGCCGCUGCUACCUUCGUGGGACAUUACCCAUGGUUUGCUACUUAUAACUUCCUAUCUGAAAACCUCCCUGAGGUAUCGAAGGACCAUCAGAUACUCCUAUGGCUUCUCCGUCAGGCCUUCAUUGGUUUCGCCGCAUCUGUCGUGUCAGAUUCAGUCUCCAACUCCUUGAGAGUUGUGAAAACCUACCGGCAGGUCAAUGACACCAAAGUGUCUUAUGCUGAGGCUGCGAGAUUGAUAAUCCUCGAUGACGGAGUGAUCGGACUUUUUGGCCGUGGACUCAAGACGCGGAUCCUGUGCAAUGGCCUGCAAGGACUGUUGUUCUCAAUCUUGUGGAAGCUUUUCUUGGAUCUGUGGGACCAGAAGACAAGUUCAUAGUCCAUAGAUAUGGCCUUCAUAUUUCACCCAACAAAUAUGGACAAGAGGUGGUCUUCUCUGCUUCAAUUGCUUUCCUUUUCUCUCUUCUGGUUUAUUGGAUGACUCGUUUUUAGUAGAAUAGACAACGUUCUCUGAUCCCUGCAUUGCCCUAAUUAACAA